CCGCAGCUCGGGUCGCAGCCUCGGGUGGCCGGCGCUGCCGGUCCACGCGGGGCCAUGGAGCUGGAGGUGCCGGACGAGGCGGAGAGCGGCGAGGCGGGGGCCGUGCCCUCGGAGGCGGCCUGGGCGGCGGAGAGCGGGGCGGCGGCAGGUUUGGCCCAGAAAAAGGCGGCCCCGACGGAGGCCCCGCUGGUGACCGGACAGCCGGGCCCCGGCCACGGCAAGAAGCUCGGCCACCGCGGUGUGGAUGCGUCCGGCGAGACCACCUACAAGAAGACCACGUCUUCCACCCUGAAGGGGGCCAUCCAGCUGGGCAUUGGCUACACCGUGGGCAACCUGAGCUCCAAGCCGGAGCGCGAUGUGCUCAUGCAGGACUUCUACGUCGUGGAGAGCAUCUUCUUCCCCAGUGAAGGCAGCAACCUCACGCCCGCCCACCACUUCCAGGACUUCCGCUUCAAGACCUACGCGCCCGUCGCCUUCCGCUACUUCCGGGAGCUCUUUGGGAUCCGGCCUGACGACUACUUGUACUCGCUGUGCAACGAGCCACUGAUUGAGCUGUCCAACCCCGGCGCCAGCGGCUCCCUCUUCUACGUCACCAGCGACGACGAGUUCAUCAUCAAGACGGUGAUGCACAAGGAGGCCGAGUUCCUACAGAAGCUGCUGCCCGGCUACUACAUGAACCUCAACCAGAACCCGCGGACGCUGCUGCCCAAGUUCUACGGGCUGUACUGUGUGCAGUCGGGGGGCAAGAACAUCCGCGUGGUGGUGAUGAACAACGUGCUGCCGCGUGUCGUCAAGAUGCACCUCAAGUUCGACCUCAAGGGCUCCACCUACAAGCGGCGGGCCAGCAAGAAAGAGAAGGAGAAGAGCAUCCCCACUUACAAGGACCUGGACUUCAUCCAGGACAUGCCCGAGGGGCUCCUGCUCGAUGCCGACACCUUCUCCGCUCUCGUCAAGACUCUGCAGCGGGACUGCCUGGUGCUGGAGAGCUUCAAGAUCAUGGACUACAGCCUGCUGCUGGGUGUGCACAACCUCGACCAGCAGGAGCGCGAGCGGCAGGCCGAGGGCGCGCACAGCACCGCCGACGAGAAGCGGCCGCUGGGCCAGAAGGCGCUCUACUCCACGGCCAUGGAGUCCAUCCAGGGCGGGGCUGCGCGCGGCGAGGCCAUCGACACGGACGACACGAUGGGCGGGAUUCCCGCCGUGAACGGCCGCGGGGAGCGCCUGCUGCUGCACAUCGGCAUCAUCGACAUCCUGCAGUCCUACAGGUUCAUCAAGAAGCUGGAGCACACCUGGAAGGCUCUCGUCCACGAUGGGGACACGGUCUCCGUCCACCGGCCCAGCUUCUACGCCGAGCGCUUCUUCAAGUUCAUGAGCAACACAGUCUUCCGGAAGAACUCCUCCCUGAAGUCGUCGCCGUCCAAGAAGGGCCGCGGUGCCUUGCUGGCCGUCAAGCCCCUGGGGCCCACGGCCGCCUUCUCGGCCAGCCAGAUCCCCAGCGAGCGGGAGGACGCGCAGUAUGACCUGCGGGGAGCCCACAGCUACCCCACGCUGGAGGAUGGAGGCCGGCCCGACCUCCUGCCCUGCACGCCGCCUUCUUUUGAGGAGGCCACCACCGCCUCCAUCGCCACGACCCUGUCGUCCACGUCCCUCUCCAUCCCCGAGCGGUCCCCCUCGGAGACGUCAGAGCAGCCGAGGUACAGGCGGCGCACUCAGUCCUCGGGACAGGACGGCCGGCCCCAGGAGGAGGCGCCGGCGGAGGAGGACCUGCAGCAGAUAACGGUGCAGGUGGAGCCCGCGUGCAGCGUGGAGAUCGUGGUCCCCAAGGAGGAGGACACGGGGGUGGAGGCCUCCCCGGCCUGCGCCUCUGCCGCCGUUGAAGCGGAAACCGCCAGCCAGGCCUCGGAGCCCGCCAGCCAGGCCUCAGACGAGGAGGAUGCGCCCGCCACGGACAUCUACUUCUUCACGGACGGGAGGUACUGGAUUUACUCUCCCCGGCAUCGCCGUCUGCGGGCCGUGACGCUGAGCUCCUCGGGGACUCCCACCGAUGAGAGGAGCUGGGUGUACUCCCCGCUCCACUAUAGCGCCCCGGCCCGCCCGGCCUCUGACGGCGAGAGCGACACAUAACUUCUAUGCAGCUGGCGACCCGGAGCCGAGCGCCCGCUGCCGCCCUGGCCGCUUCCCGGAGGCACUGCCCGCCCUGCUCGGCCCGGCCCAGAGCCGCCGCGUCCUGCCCUCGAUGGCCACUGGUGCUCCGACGCCCCGGCGGCUCCCCGCACCUGUGAUACUGUGAACCUCCCCCGCCCCGUCACCUAUUUAUUCCGGGUCCUUCCUCUUUGCACAGAGACAGCAGCACACGUGUGCUUUUUUAUAAAAAGGAAAAGGAAAAAAAAAAGCCGGAUGGACGGAGAAGAGCUCCGCCCCGCCAUCGUCUUGGGUCUUGGCUGAACUUGCAUGCGUCUUGCCGAGGGAGCAAGCCGCUGGCUUUGGGGCCUGCGCCCCGUGGCCCGGGCGCCCGGCUGAUCUCCGCACGCCACGCCUCGGCCGGCAGGACCCCUCUGCAGCGUGGACGGAGCGCCCAGUAGGGAAGGGCCGCCAGGUCCCGCUGGUUCCCAGGCCACCCGCGCCCGGCAGGUGCGCUCAGCUCAGGCGUGCGGCUGGGCGCCAGACAUCCGUCCUCGGGGCUAGCCGACGGGCAGCCUGAGGACAGCUCUCCACCUGCCAACCCUGCCAUUGCUCAGCGUCUGUCUCCCGCCACCCCCGCCUCCCAGGUGACCCGUGAGCAGGGAUCCUGGGCGCCCGCAUGGCCACCCCCUCUCGGUGGAGCUCAGGACUGCGGACUCCUCUCUCAGCAUGGACACUCAGUGUCCAGAAGACAGGGCCCAAGUAAUGGAGGUGGCAGCUGGCCCUCGGGCCACGGGGCUUCUGGAGAGCUCGUGUCCUGGAGCAGGGCCCCGCCGUGGUCAGGCCACGUGGCCCAGAGGGGACAGCCCCCCGCCAGGAGGAGCUCACCCAGGACCGGGGGGGCGUCCUCUCUUUAUUAAACGAUGGUGACGCCUAUGCCAAUUUAAGGAUAGGAGAAAUUCUUUGUGAAAACCCUUUUUUAUUUUUCUGGUUUGUCAUCGUCGGCAGGGGCCGUGCUCCGGGCCCAGAGCCCCAUGGGGCGGCCGCCAGAGGACCCCACUGUGUCACGAGGGGGCUGCUGGAGGCGACAGCUUGGCAGAGUCUCUCCUGCCCCCACGCAGACGCACUCCCCACUCCUGAGGUGACAUGUGGGUGAUGGUUCCCCCGCCCACUCUGCAGACCCCCACUGGCUCGGCCUGCAUGGGAGGAGCUGGGAGUGGGCUCGGAGCGGAAACCGCACCUUCUGGAAGAAUUUCUUCCCAGCCCUUGCCUCCCUGGUGGAGCGUGAGGUGGCUGGAGAGGUCACCGACCUGGGAGUUUGAUUUUUCGAGUCUGGUGCAAGCUGGGUGCCCCACUGCCCCUCCCUGCCGCCUCUGCUCGCGUAGCCCGCUCCUUGCGCCCGGAGGGAAUCUGUGGGCCUGGCUGCUGUGCGCUCCUCCUGGAGAUCCAGGCUGCGCCCCGCGGCUCUCCCCGCACUGUCGGCACGGGGGCAGCACUCUAGCACGCAGCCCGGGGCAGGGGACCCUCGGAGCACCCAUCAAAACAAGCCUGCAGGAGUCCCGGGUUAGAAGCAAACCAGCGUUCUCUCAUCCUGCCCAAGGAGCGUUUGUCCAGACCCAGGGGGCAUCCUGGCCUGGAUUUCAGACCAGCGCCGUCCGCAGGCGCCCGGGCCGUGUGCCACGAGUCGCCAGUCCAUCCCUGCCCUGUCCCACCGUGGGGGAGGCGGGCUGAGUGGGCAGAGCUCUGAAGGCGCAUCUCAGACCCCGAGGACUAACAGGGACGGCUGUGUCACCUAAACGCCGACAUUGGAGUCCCCACCCAGGCCCCCAGAGUCCGGGGGCCGGGGCAUCGGGCGUCCCACGGGGGUGGCCACAGCAGUGGGCCCCGUGUCCAGGGCGUCCUCAGCCACCUGGAGCUUGCGGAGCAGGGAGAGGAGCCGCCGUCGGGCCCGCCGGUCCCCGCUGGGCACCUCAGCCUUUCCAGAGCGAAUCACAGAACAAGUGUGUCGGUUGGAUACUGACUUGCAGGAGAACUUUGCAAACCUCCUGGGUGUCAUGACAUUUCUAUUUUUGUGUUAAGUCUCGAGGGCCGUUUUGGGGACGUGUUUUGUCUUGGUUGCAUCCUUCGUCCCUUUUCAGAAAACCGUUACACGGAUGCUCCUCGGGCUGUGCCGCCCGGGGGCGUCUGCUUAUUCUUUCCGGGGCAGGGCGGGGCGGGAAGGCAAGAAGGCAAGACCUUAUUUAUGAUGUGUAGUGAACUAGGGGCCUUCCGCAGACCCCUGGCGGGGAGGGCCCUGGACCCUCCCAACUGUCACCCCCCAGGACAGAAAUCUGUCAGUUCUUUCGUGGUGAUGCCCCAUUUUCCCCCCACCCGGCUCGUCUCGUGGCUGCUGUUGCUGAGAAGCUGGGUAGCGUCUGGGUUGCUGUACUGUGAAAACGAAAGGCGUUUUCUGAGACUGACAAGGUGAACCCUUCCGUGUGUCCCCUGCCAGCCUCUGUCCUCGCCCCCGCCCCCCUACCACCUGGCUCAGUGCAAUACUCCCGUCCCCAGGGUGGGGGUUGGGGGGUCCCUUGCCGUCUUCCUGUCUCCGCAGCCCCUCGGUCCCCACCCAGGACGAGCACCCUCGGCCACCUUUGCUCUGGUGGUUCAGUUGCAUCACCUGUGCUCCCACCAAUCUCGUUUUUAUGGCCGAACUGAUUUCCAAACACAACAAAACUGCAAACCUUGUGUGUCUUAAUUCUCUUCGGGGGUCCGUGUGCUCAGCCCCCGUGGUCUGGUGUGUGACAAUCCGGAACACGGCCUCCCCGGGCACAGGAUGCCGUGUAGCUCAAACCCAGAGCCGUGGGCCCCCCUGUAACCACGCAGCCACUGCUGGCCCCGAAUAACACUCGUCUGCAGCCCUGGCCCCCAUCCCGCCGCCCCUCCCUCUUUUUACGUUGAAGAGAUCUCUAAUAAAUCGGGUAAUAAGCAUCA